CGGCCGCAGGCGCACGGAGCAUCGCGCGAUCGCGGCACCUGCGCGCCGGGGCACAGGGCUGCCGCAGGUCCAGGACUGCCCCGACUAGGAGCUGCUGCUGAGAUGAGUGCAGUGUCACAGCCUCAGACCACUCAGAGCCCCCUGGAGAAGCCGCCCAGCACUGCGAUCCUGUGUAACACAUGUGGAAAUGUGUGCAAGGGGGAAGUACUGCGUGUGCAGAACAAAUACUUCCACAUCAAGUGCUUUGUCUGCAAAGCAUGCGGCUGUGACCUGGCCGAGGGCGGCUUCUUCGUGCGGCAGGGGGAGCACAUCUGCACGCGGGACUACCAGCGGCUCUACGGCACACGGUGCUUCAGCUGCGACCGUUUCAUUGAGGGUGAGGUGGUGUCAGCGCUGGGCAAGACCUACCACCCUGACUGCUUUGUGUGUGCCGUCUGCCGGCUACCCUUUCCGCCUGGGGACCGUGUGACCUUCAACGGGAAAGAAUGCGUGUGCCAGAAGUGUUCCCCACCCACGUCAGUGGGCAGCAGCGCGCACCUGUCCCAGGGCCUCCGGAGCUGUGGAGGCUGCGGCUUAGAAAUCAAGAAUGGCCAGGCCCUGGUGGCUUUGGACAAGCACUGGCACUUGGGCUGCUUCAAGUGCAAGACCUGUGGGAAGCUCCUGAAUGCAGAGUACAUCAGCAAAGAUGGGCUGCCCUACUGUGAGGAUGACUACCACACUAAGUUUGGUAUCCGCUGUGAUGGCUGUGAGAAGUUCAUCACUGGCCGCGUGCUGGAGGCUGGGGAGAAACACUACCACCCUUCCUGUGCACUAUGCGUCAGGUGUGGCCAGAUGUUUGCGGAGGGUGAGGAGAUGUACCUGCAAGGAUCCUCCAUCUGGCAUCCAGCAUGUCGACAAGCAGCCAGGACUGAGGACAAGAGCAAGGAAACCAGGACUUCUUCUGAAAGCAUCAUCUCUGUACCCGCCUCCAGUACCUCAGGGUCCCCGAGCCGCGUGAUCUAUGCGAAGCUUGGCGAUGAGAUUCUGGACUACAGGGACUUGGCUGCUCUGCCCAAAAGCAAGGCUAUCUAUAACAUCGACCGUCCUGACAUGAUCUCCUACUCACCCUACAUCAGCCACUCGACCGCAGGGGACAGGCAGAGCUACGUUGAGUCGCCUCAGUUGCUCUCACCAACGCCGACUGAGGGGGAUCAGGAUGACCGGUCCUACAAACAGUGCCGGACCUCCAGCCCCAGCUCUGCCGGUUCUGUCAGCCUUGGGCGCUAUACCCCAACUUCGCGAUCACCCCAGCACUACAGCCGUCCAGCUGGUACUGCAAGUGUUGGUACCAGUAGCUGCCUGUCCCUGUCCCAACACCCAAGCCCUACAUCCGUGUUCAGACAUCAUUACAUCCCCUACUUCCGAGGCAGUGAAAGUGGCCGCAGCACGCCAAGCCUCUCGGUUCUCUCGGACAGCAGGCCUCCUUCCUCCACCUACCAGCAGGCACCUCGCCACUUCCAUGUCCCAGACACUGGCGUAAAAGAUAACAUCUAUAGGAAGCCCCCUAUCUACAAACAGCACGCCAUGAGGCGAUUGGAUGGAGAAGAUGAAAGUUUCGACCAGGAUAGCAGGAAGAAGACCACUUGGCUGCUUCUUAAAGGGGACCCAGACACAAGGACCAACUCCCCAGAUCUCGACAGCCAGUCGGUGUCCCUCAGUAGCAGAGCUGACCGAGACCCUCUCCAGAGAAUGCAAGGAGAUAGCCUCUACUCACGCUUCCCCUAUUCCAAACCCGACUCUCUCCCAGGACACAGGAAGGAUGGCCUGGACCUCCGGAAUGCCAACCUGGUCCCUUGUGGAGCAGACCUGGAUGCCAGCUGGGGCAUGCGAGAGUACAAGAUAUACCCUUAUGACUCCCUCAUUGUAACAAACCGAAUCCGCGUGAAACUGCCCAAAGAUGUGGACCGGACGCGACUGGAGAGACACCUGUCGCCUGAAGAGUUCCGGGAAGUGUUUGGGAUGAGCACUGAGGAGUUUGACCGCCUGGCUCUGUGGAAGAGGAACGACCUCAAGAAGAAGGCCUUGCUGUUCUGAAGGCCGCCAGCCCCCCAAAACCCCUCCUUGCACCUUGUUCUGCUUCUCUGUGUCCGUGGGGCAGGUGGGGGUACCUGGGGGACUAGGGCUGGGGAAAGAGGAGGCCCUCAGUAGAUGUGGCCCCUGUGUGCCCGUGAUGCUCCACCUGUAGUUUAGGGCACAGUGUCCGCUUGACUCACCCCUUCCCACUAAGGCUUAGCAUCUAGGCGAUGCUACAGCCAGCGACUAUCAAAGACGAUGAGUCAGAACACCCAGGCCUCCUUGGGGUGCCCACCCUCAUACUAGGCAGUUGGGUAGAGAGGUGGUAGGGGCAUAAGCUGAGAGCGGCUUGCUGGUGGCAGACCCUGACACGGCAGGGGUGGUGAGCACUCAGCUCCUCAGAGCACGUGCUCUGUGGCAGGCAGGCUGGCUGCCAGGCUGGGGCAGGAAGCCAGGCAGAGGUCCAGGGAGCAGUGUUGAAUAUGAGGCUGUGAUCUUUGUAGCCAUUUGUGAUGAGUCUCUUUUGGAGGAUGAAUGUCAACUUGACUGGGCACCCCCAGCACUGCCAGUGCUGUAUGCACCGGCGCUUCUUCCAGAUUACCCCCUUCGAUGCCUAUGUGAUAUCUUUCAAGUAACACAGAAGUUUUUAUUUUAUUAAAAAGUAUAGCUUCCUUACACAUAAGAUGACAUAUAUGCAGAGUUUAGUUCUACGGUCCCUUGGAAGGGGAGCGCCUCACCUUAUACCCUGCCAUGCAGGCCUCUGUGCUUCCUUCCAGGCCUCAGUGUUCCUGGAGGCAUGGUUUCCCAUUCAUUUCCCUUCCUCUUUUUCCUUUGUAUGUGUCACGCAGACAGCCUUGAUGACAGACCCGCUAAGUAGUGCCGUCUGUAAAUACAUGUGGAAGGUAACUACCUGUUUUCAUCAUUAGUUUUUCAAGUAUUGGAGAGAAGAACUCCCACAAUGGCCAAAGCCCCAGAAUAGAGGUUUCCCACUGCAGCCUGGUUCCUCACAAACCUUCCUUCCUCCUGGUGUAGACAUUCACACUAGCCAUUUGUGACACGAACCACACAUGCCCAGAACAAUCUCAUGCACAGCCUGACAUAGCUCUUAAGCCUCCAGGAGAGGACAGAGGUGGUAUCUCUUCAGAUCUGGGCAUCCAGCAAACAUCUGGGAUGGGAGGUUGGCUGACUGGGGCCCCUGGUGUCAGGCAUGCAUGUCUGUAGUCAGAUGAGGGUCAUGGGUGCACUUGCCAUGGGAUACAUAAACAAUGAUGUCCUCAAUGUACCCUAGCUGUCCCUCCUCAGCUUCCUCACAUACUGGAACACACCCAGUCCCAUUUGGCAUUUAGGUUCUCACCAGCCUUGCUUACCGAGAACCUUUGGUACCUAAUCCACCUCCCGCCAUUUAGCAAUCUGGGCGUGCACGACUGGAAACCCCUGUGUCUUUAAUCGUGUGCUGUCAUGUCUGAUCCCUGGGAAAAUAAAGGGUAACUGUAACUUGUGAGAGGACAAA